AUGAACUUCUUACGACUCAAGAGCCUAUCCUUCUUACUUGUAGCUCUUUCAAACGAGAGAUUGAUCGGUGCGGAUGAGCAUGUCCAUGUGCGUCGACAGUUCGAUCUAUCCCAGUUCGGCGGCAUGAACCUGGCCAAUCUGGCAGGUCCGGGAGGCGGCUUUGGCUCGAGCGGCUCACCCGCUUCCUUUGGCAACAACUUCAAAGACCUUCCCUCGGCUCCAGGCGGAGAAAAGACGAAUGCUGAAACGGGGGACAGUUCGGCUGGCUGCAAAGCUUACCAUCUCCUUGGGGCUCGAGGAACCUCGGAAAUGUCUGGUUCGAUUGCAUACAACGGGCUGGAACAGAAGGUCUUGGAGGCGAUCCCGGGCGGAAUGAAAGAAGAGCUACAAUCCUCCUCGGCCGGCGACUACACCGUCGGUGUCGCAAUGGAAGCUGAGGCCGCUAUCAAGAUGAUCAACGCUCAACUCGCCAAGUGUCCCAAAACACUCUAUGUUUUAGUCGGCUAUUCGAGAGGAGCUAUGGUUCAAACACAAAUCCUGACUAGCCUCAAAAUCCCAGUGGCCAAUAUUGCAGCUGUGGUUAUGUUUGGGAACCCAUACUUCAGAGCUGGUCUGCCUCAAAACAAAUGCGACGCGAAAUCUGGGGCCGGUGUUGCAGUAGCAAUCAGUCCCAAACUACCAGAGUCGCUGGUCGAUCUAGUCUGUGACUGUUGCGCCACCGGAGAUAUGAUCUGUCAGACCGUAGGAAGCAUGGUCACUCAUCUGGAGUAUGGAGACAAAUUCGGAAGCCUGACAUCCGAAUUCGUGAUUCAAAAGUUGAAGGCUAAAUUGGCUGUCACUCACGAAAAAUCUUAG